UAUAGCUAUUAAAAUUCUCCAGGUCUUAAAAAAGACGCACUAACACUUAAGUCCAAACAAUAAAAAGAAACAGCACAUGUACACACCACAAUUUCGAAAUUAAAACAAAGUAACAUGCGGAUGGAAAACAGCCCCCACCACUUAGACACUCCACUUCAUGAUUACUAUCAAGAAAGAUCUUUAGUUCCCACAAGAAAUUUCCCCACAAACACUCUUUCUUUCUGUUUUCUCUAUUGGCAAUAAAAGAUUCAACCUUUGAUGACUUCCCAAUAAUCUUUUCUUCUUUUCUUUUAAUGGGUUAUUUUUCUUGUUUAUGUCAUUAGUAAUCUUGUUGUUUUUGUGGUUGAGUAAAAGAGUGAGUACGUAAAAGAGCGAGUGAUGGGUAGCUGCUGGUGUAAGUGGAAACCCUCGAUAUAUAGAGUCUCAUCAAACUCAAAAUCAGGUGGGUUUUCUACAAACUUUUUAGUUUUAAUCCAUUUUCUUUGGGUUAGGUUGAUGUAUAUAUCGCAAUUGGGUUAAUUUUCUGUAAACAUGUUCUUUUUCCUACCAUCUUUUACUUUUUUGCUUUUGAGAUUCCUCAUUCGAGAGUUGACUAGGGAUGAAAGUUCAUUGGCGAGAAGAAAGGAGGAAGACAAUAAGCUGCCGUCAAACCCUGAAGAAGUGGAAGAUUUUCGUCGUAGUUCUGCAACUAAUCCUUUAAUCGUUUUCACAUUUGAUGAACUUAGAAAAAUCACUGGUAAUUUUAGACAAGAUCACAUGCUAGGUGGAGGCGGAUUUGGUAGUGUUUAUAAAGGGUUUCUUGAAGAUGAUAUAAAAGAGGGGAUUCAGCCAAUCCCGGUAGCUGUUAAAGUUCAUGAUGGAGAUAACAGUCAGCAAGGCCAUAGAGAAUGGCUGGCCGAGGUUAUAUUUUUAGGGCAGCUUACUCAUCCAAAUUUAGUGAAAUUGAUUGGAUACUGCUGUGAAGAUGAGCAUAGAGUCCUUAUAUACGAAUAUAUGGCACUUGGAAGCGUGGAAAAUAAAUUAUUUUCGAGGGUGUUGCUUCCUCUUCCAUGGUCAACUAGAAUGAAGAUUGCUUUUGGUGCUGCAAAAGGACUUGCCUUCCUUCAUGAUGCACCAAAACCUGUCAUAUAUCGUGAUUUUAAAACUUCAAAUAUUUUGCUAGACCCGGACUAUAAUGCAAAACUUUCCGAUUUUGGGCUAGCCAAAGAUGGUCCUGUUGGAGAUAAAACUCAUGUUUCUACUCGCAUAAUGGGAACAUAUGGGUAUGCAGCGCCUGAGUAUAUUAUGACAGGCCAUUUGACUCCAAGAAGUGAUGUUUAUAGCUAUGGUAUUGUUCUUCUUGAACUUCUAACUGGAAGAAAAUCAUUGGACAAAUCAAGGCCACCAAGAGAACAAAACCUUGCAGAUUGGGCUCUCCCAUUACUUAAAGAAAAGAAGAAGUUGCUAGACAUUGCAGAUCCUAGGCUAGGUGAUUACCCUAUCAAAGGGUUCCAAAAGGCAGCCAUGCUAGUUUACCAUUGCUUGAAUCGUAAUCCGAAAGCUAGACCACUUAUGCGGGACAUAGUAGAUUCUUUGGAGCCGCUGCAAGUUGCACCCGAAGUUUUGUCCCAGGGAACUACCUUGACUUUGAUUGCUGAUAAUUAAAGAUGCAAACUAUUUUUCAAACUACUAUAAUUUUUUUUUCAAUUUUUUUUGUUUUCAAUCUUAACAUGCAACUUUUAUGGUUACUUUGGCAACUUAUGUUGUAGUGUAUAUGGAAAAUGAAGAUGUGUUUAAAAUGGC